GAGGAGGAGGAGGAGGACCGCUCGCCUGCUGCCCACAGCCUGCCAGCCAGCCAGCCAGCCAGGGAGCGGCGGGCGAGUCUGUCUGCAGGUUAGAAAACAUUUGGAAAUUGGUCCAACAAAGCAGUCAUGAUGGGAUUAAAGAAUUCAACUGCCUUUCCUGGUGGUCUCCAUCUUUUAAGUGUUGUUAUAGUCUUGCUUUUGCACAUGGACAAAGUACACUCAGAACAUCAAACAGAAGUUAACAAUGAUACUAAUGAAGAGUGUACCGGUACCUAUAUCUGUAAGAAAGGUGUGAUUUUACCAAUCUGGGAACCUCAAGACCCUUCGUUUGGUGAUAAAAUAGCCAGAGCUACUGUAUACUUUGUGGCCAUGGUCUACAUGUUUCUAGGGGUGUCAAUUAUAGCUGACCGCUUCAUGUCAUCCAUAGAAGUUAUUACGUCCCAAGAGAGAGAGAUCACGAUCAAGAAACCCAAUGGCGAAACCAGCAAGACGACAGUGAGAGUUUGGAAUGAGACUGUUUCCAACUUAACACUGAUGGCUUUGGGCUCUUCUGCACCUGAGAUUCUCCUUUCUGUCAUCGAAGUGUGUGGCCAUGGCUUCGAAGCAGGAGACCUAGGGCCGAGCACCAUCGUAGGAAGUGCUGCCUUCAACAUGUUUGUCAUCAUAGCCCUUUGUGUUUACGUUGUUCCUGAUGGGGAAAUCAGGAAGAUUAAGCAUCUUCGUGUGUUUUUUGUCACUGCAGCUUGGAGCAUAUUUGCCUACACUUGGCUUUACCUAAUUUUGUCAGUCAUAUCGCCCGGGAUAGUAGAGGUCUGGGAAGGCUUGCUCACUUUCUUCUUUUUCCCUAUCUGUGUGGUCUUUGCAUGGGUUGCUGACAGAAGGCUUUUGUUCUACAAGUACGUCUACAAGAAGUACAGGGCUGGCAAGCAGAGGGGCAUGAUCAUCGAACACGAGGGCGAAGGACCGCAAUCCAAAGCUGACAUCGAAAUGGACGGAAAGGUAGUUAAUUCCCACGUUGAGAGUUUCUUAGACGGCACUUUGGUCCUAGAGGUGGAUGAGAAGGAUCAAGACGAUGAGGAAGCGAGGAGAGAAAUGGCCAGGAUCCUUAAAGAGCUGAAACAGAAGCAUCCGGACAAAGAAGUCGAACAGUUGAUAGAACUAGCUAACUAUCAAGUUCUGAGCCAGCAGCAAAAGAGCCGAGCCUUUUACCGCAUCCAGGCCACUCGGCUAAUGACUGGAGCUGGCAAUAUUUUGAAGAGACAUGCGGCUGACCAAGCAAGGAAAGCAGUCAGCAUGCAUGAAGUCAACUGUGAAGUGGCAGACAAUGACCCCGUCAGUAAAGUCUAUUUUGAGCAGGGCACCUACCAGUGCCUUGAGAACUGUGGCACGGUGGCGCUAACUAUUGCCCGCCGAGGUGGCGACUUGACCAAAACCGUCUCCGUGGACUUCCGAACAGAAGAUGGUACAGCCAAUGCGGGUUCUGAUUAUGAAUUCACUGAAGGGACUGUGAUAUUUAAGCCAGGCGAGGUGCAGAAAGAAAUACGGGUUGGCAUAAUCGAUGACGACAUAUUUGAGGAAGAUGAAAAUUUCCUUGUUCACCUCAGUAAUGUGAAAGUGUCCUCUGAGGAGCCAGAAGAAGGCGUUCUAGAGGCCAAUCAUUUUGCAACCGUGGCUUGCCUAGGUUCGCCUGCUACUGCCACCGUCACUAUCUUUGAUGACGAUCAUGCUGGCAUUUUUACCUUUGAGGAGCCUGUCACUCACGUAAGCGAGAGCGUGGGAACGAUGGAAGUGAGAGUGCUACGGACAUCCGGAGCUCGCGGGAAUGUUAUCGUCCCCUACAAAACCGUUGAAGGCACAGCCAAAGGGGGUGGAGAGGACUUUGAAGAUACUUGCGGAGAGCUGGAGUUUCAGAAUGACGAGAUUGUCAAAACGAUAUCAAUCAAAGUAAUUGAUGAUGAGGAGUAUGAGAAAAACAAGACCUUCUACAUUGAAAUUGGGGAGCCUCGUCUGGUGGAGAUGAGUGAAAAGAAAGCCCUGUUGUUGAAUGAGCUUGGUGACUUCACAAUUACAGGGAAAUGUUUGAAUGGCCAACGUGUCUUCAGGAAGGUCCAUGCUAGAGACCAUCCCUUCCCUUGUACCGUAAUCAACAUUCAAGAAGAGAAUGAAGAGAAGCAGCCGCUGACAGGCAAAGAGGAGGAAGAGCGUCGCAUUGCAGAAAUGGGGCGCCCCAUCCUGGGGGAGCAUACCAGGCUCGAAGUGAUUAUUGAAGAGUCCUAUGAGUUCAAGAACACGGUGGACAAGCUCAUUAAGAAGACAAACCUCGCUCUUGUGGUUGGAACAAACAGCUGGAGAGAGCAGUUCAUUGAAGCUAUCACUGUCAGUGCUGGAGAGGAUGAUGACGAUGAUGAAUGUGGGGAAGAGAAGCUGCCGUCCUGCUUCGAUUACGUGAUGCACUUUCUGACCGUCUUCUGGAAAGUCCUUUUUGCCUUUGUGCCCCCAACGGACUACUGGAAUGGUUGGGCUUGUUUCGUUGUAUCCAUCUUAAUGAUCGGCCUUCUGACAGGGUUCAUCGGGGACUUGGCCUCCCACUUUGGCUGUACCAUCGGCCUGAAGGAUUCAGUAACCGCAGUUGUAUUUGUUGCAUUGGGGACUUCAGUGCCAGAUACGUUUGCCAGCAAAGUAGCAGCAAUGCAAGAUCAAUAUGCAGAUGCUUCCAUAGGUAACGUCACCGGUAGCAACGCUGUGAAUGUUUUCCUGGGGAUCGGUGUAGCCUGGUCCAUCGCCGCCAUCUACCACGCUGCCAACGGCAGGCCGUUUAAAGUCGAACCGGGCACCUUGGCUUUCUCCGUCACCCUCUUCACUAUAUUUGCUUUUAUCAGUGUCGGCGUGCUCCUCUACCGGCGGAGACCGGAGAUCGGAGGUGAGCUGGGCGGGCCGCGGACUGCCAAGAUGCUGACCUCAAGCCUCUUUGUGCUCCUUUGGCUGUUGUACAUAUUGUUCUCAUCUCUGGAAGCCUACUGCCACAUAAAAGGCUUCUAAAGGAACUCUUGGAGAUAGUAUCUAUAUGUAUAUCUAUAGAAAGAGAGAAAGAAAUAUAGGUAUAUAGAUAUAGAUCUAAUAUUAUUGAACAGAGGAAGAAGAGACAUUUGCCAUGUUCACUUAUCUACUGAUGGAAUGUAGCUUUGCGGUAGGAGUUUGAAAUCUGCAGGAUUCUUCAC